CACCUGUGUAUUCUCACUGAGCAGCAUGAAAGCAUUUUGGCAAGCACCACAGAUGCUGCAGUUCCAGCUCGUGGUGGUGCAUUUGGCCCUUGUGAUUGCCCUGCUGUGGUGGAACUCCAGCUCUGUGCUCCUUGCACAGGCAGCUCCAGAGCCUCUGGAGCCUUCUGCUGCUCUGGGUGUGGGAAACCAUCCCAUUGCCAGUGAAGAGAAGUCAGCCACCAACCUGGCAGACAAACUGUUCCUUCUUGAUGACUUGGUGUCUCUGGAGAACGAGGUGACUGAGACCAAGAAGAAAAGGAGCUUCUCAGGAUUUGGCUCCCCCAUUGACAGAAUUUCUUCAUCCUCUGUGGAUGCAAAAGGCAAACAGAGGAAAGUGUUUGAGCUGCCUAAGAGAAGGUUUGGAGUUCCUCUGGACCGGAUUGGAGUGAGCCACCUCGGCAACACCAGGGGUUAGCAGCUGCUGCAGAUGCUUCUAUUCUGAAUGAGUGAUGCUGUAUUGGAAACAUUACAGAGUUUUGGAAGAUGCCUCACAGCAUGUAUUGUCUUUGCCUGAUGAUACAGCACUCAAGGAAUUGACCUCCUGCAAAAUCUGUUUCAAGUUGCAUUUACAAAUAAUAACAUGUUCAGUUCAUCAGGUCAGAAUGCUCGCACAGCAUUCUGUGCACAGUGUCACUGGUAGGAGGGAACAGAGAAUAUGUAUAUAUUUUUAUUGCAUGGCAUUUAUCUGUUAAACUUGCAGAAUUUUAUUAUCCUGGGCAGGACUGAGAUUUUUUGGA